CUCGCAUUAUUUAUUCCAAUGAGAUAAGAGCACUCAUAGCUUUACCAACCACAUAAGCAUUUGUAGCAGAAUUGAAAUAUACUUCAAUGGUUAGCUAUAACAUUUUCAUCUUCAUUCAUUAUUUAUAAUACUAUACUCCGUAUUUAAUAAGUCUCUUUGUUCAAGGUAGUAGCUCAUUUAAGCUAAUUACCUUUUUCAAGCAAAAGAUAGGUUAGUAGUUUUAAAAUUGAAAAUAAGUACUGGAACCAACAUAGUAGAUGCUGUAAGAGCUUCAAAAAGAGUUUUAGCCGGAAAGCUUCGACAGUCCAUUAGCUUCUGGUAAUAAGUAUGAAGACUUCAGCUAAGCUACUGCUACUCAGUCUGCUAUAUGUUGCUACGGCAUCUACGGAUGCUGCUGCAUAUCCACUCGGAUAUGGUGAUGAAUCGCCGGAAUUUUGUCUCGUAUCCAGCAAUCCACUGAGGAAGGAAGUGUCCGAAGGUGGAGAGAUAAUCGAUAUCACUCAUCCCUUCACUCCAAACACGCCCUCUGGGAACUCGGAUGACGGCAUCGGACAGUAUCUCAGUUUACUGAUGAGCAUGAAGAACGGUUCUGAUUACAACUUGUCGGAGUUGAGGUUGUGUGUUCAUGCCGGUACUCAUGUCGAUGCUCCUGGGCAUAUGUAUGAUAAUUACUUCGAUCAAGGGUUUGAUGUUGAUACUCUUGACCUUAGAGUCCUCAAUGGCCCUGCAUUGGUGGUGGAUGUUCCCAGGGACAAGAACAUAACUGCUGAAGUGAUGAGGGGGCUAAAUAUACCCAAGGGGGUGAAGAGAGUGCUGUUUAGAACACUGAACACAGACAGGCAUCUGAUGUUGAAGAAGGGGUUUGACACCAGCUAUGUGGGAUUUAUGAAGGAUGGUGCUCAGUGGCUUGUGGACAACACUGAUAUUAAACUUGUUGGAAUAGAUUACUUAUCUGUUGCUGCAUUUGAUGAAAUCAUCACUGCGCAUCUAGUAUUUCUUAAGAACAGGGAAAUUGUACUAGUGGAAGGUCUGAAUUUGGAAGGAGUUAAGGUUGGGAUAUAUAAGGUUCAUUGCUUACCCUUGAGGUUGGUGGGUGCUGAAGGAUCUCCCAUCAGAUGCAUCCUCAUCAACUAAAGCUAGACUAAGGCCGGCCUUAUUUAUGUCUUGAACUCUAUAUAUUACAGUACUACUUAGCAAAUAGCAAUGCGCUUCUGGUUAAAGGAUUUGUAUUGAAGUCUCACUAUAGUAGUGAGACUUCAAUGGCAGCUGCCUCUACUUCUCGGGCCAUGUCCUUAUACUUGAGGGAUGCCACUCAUUCAAUGGCAGCUGUCUCUACUUCUCGG